AUGGGUAAACGAAGGUUUAAUGAAAAAGGUCGCCAAAAGGUGGAGACCAUCAUUGAUAAUUCGGAAACGAAAAAGAUCAAACUAGACUUUGCAGCCGGCAGCGAAUACAGUGUGCAGGAUGAUUCGAAUGCGUUGGUGUUACCCUCGAAAAAGCGAGCGACCAAAAUCAAAAAAGAUCGUACGGUGGUCACAAAAAUCCUGUCGAAAAAGCAGCGCAAACGGUUGGAAAAGAUCGUCGAUCAGAAAAAGAAGAAAGAGAAUCGAACGUCGCUGAUUGCGUCACUGGUCGCGGUUCAGGCAACGAAGGAAGAGUUGAGCGGCUUUCGGAAGCUAAGCGAUGUGCAAACAAAGGGUCUUAAGCAACAUUUUAAGGAACAGAAGUAUGGUGUUACUUUGGUACAAAAACCUGCCACACACGCGAAUGCACCGGGAGUGGCCAAAAUAAAAAGUUUGGUCGGUAGUCGAAGGAAACGUUUGGCACUAUUGCGCCAGCAAGAAUCAGCAUCGGGUGAAGGUGAUGAAGAUGAAUAUAAUCCAAACAUUGUUGGGUUAAACGACGCGUCAUCAUCGUCGAGUGAAGAUGAAUCCGACGGAUCCGAGGAAGCGAAGGAGGAAGACAUGAUCAAGGAAAAACAGGAUCCAAAUUCGGCCGUUGAGGUAGGUGACAGUAAUGAAAACGAGCAAUCGGAAAAUCCGACAGUACCGCCUGUACCAUUGGAGAGCGAAGAAGCAACGAAAAGUUCACCGGAUGAAACACCAACCGAUACGAAAGUAGAAACCCCCACCAUUGUGGACCGCAAACCGGCCACCUACAUUCACGUGGAUCGGCAUCCAAAAAUACAAGCGGAUCGAUUAAAGCUACCCAUUCUCGGUGAGGAACAGGUGAUAAUGGAAACGAUCAGUGAAAACAAAAUAACGAUUCUGGCCGGUGAAACUGGAAGCGGUAAAACGACUCAAAUCCCACAGUUCCUAUACGAAGCCGGAUAUGGCGAACGGGGUCUGAUCGGAAUUACCGAACCACGCCGUGUAGCCGCCGUAUCCAUGUCGAAGCGUGUAGCGAUGGAAAUGAACUUAUCGACCGAUGUCGUUUCCUACCUGAUCCGUUACGAAGGUAAUGUGACGGAACACACAAAAAUCAAGUUCAUGACGGACGGUGUGCUGCUGAAGGAGAUCGAGGUCGAUUUCUUGCUCAGCAAGUACUCCUGCAUCAUUCUGGACGAAGCACAUGAACGUAGUGUUUACACGGACAUCCUAAUGGGAUUGUUGUCGCGCAUUGUUCGGUUGCGCGAGAAACGUGGCAACAAUCCGCUACGCGUCAUCAUCAUGUCAGCUACGCUGCGGGUGCAAGAUUUCACGGAAAACAAAAAGCUCUUCCUGGACACACCGCCCGUAAUUAGUAUCGAUUCGCGUCAGUUCCCGGUAACGGUACAUUUUAACAAAACCACUCCGGAUGAUUAUCUGCGGGAAGCUUUUUUGAAGACGGUAAAAAUACACACCAAACUCCCGGACGGAGGUAUACUGGUGUUUCUGACCGGUCAGAAGGAGGUUAACACGAUGGUGCGCAAAUUGCGCAAGAUGUUUCCGUUCCAAGGCGACAAAGCGGAGAUAGUCAAGGUGCAGAAGACCGAUGAAAAGGACGAUGAGGAAGAAGCGCGAGAUGAAGAUGACGAGUUUGAUAACGUUUAUCGCGGAAAGAAGGCUCACAAAGAUGAGAAAUCGAAGUCGGGCAAGAAAAGGAAGCGUGGUACUGUUUCGGUUCCGGUGCUGCCACAGAUUAAUCUGGAUGCUUACGAUCUUCCUCACGUCGAUGAUACGGAGGGUGAUCUUGCGGAAGGUAACGAUACCGAUAGUGAGGUGGAAGAUGAUACGGAUGAUGAGCUCGAUACGGAAAAUCUUACCACGGGUGUUUCCGCCUUACGGAAAAGCCAACCACUGUGGGUACUUCCUCUCUACUCGAUGCUUUCGCCCGAAAAGCAGCAACGAAUUUUCCAAGCCACACCGGAAGGUGCGCGACUCUGCGUGGUUGCGACGAACGUAGCCGAAACGUCACUUACCAUUCCGGAUAUUAAGUAUGUGGUUGAUACGGGUCGGCAAAAGACGAAACUGUACGACAAAACGACCGGUGUGACCGCGUUCGUUGUAACGUACACGAGUAAAGCCUCGGCAAACCAGCGGGCCGGUCGUGCAGGUCGUGUUGCUCCCGGUCACUGCUACCGGCUCUACUCUAGUGCCGUCUACAACUACGAGUUUGUAGAUUUCGCCCCACCCGAGGUGCAGCAAAAGCCAGUCGAUGGAUUAGUGCUGCAGAUGAAAUGUAUGGGAAUCGAUAAGGUGACGAACUUCCCAUUCCCAUCGCCACCCGACCCGGUACAGUUGCAGUCCGCCGAAAGGCGUUUGCUGCAGCUCGGUGCACUGGAGGAAAUAAUAGUCCGUGCACCGGAAGGCAGCCGCAAGGUGCAGAAGAAUCAAACGCUUACACGCGUGACCGAGCUGGGUCGUACGAUGGCAGCAUUUCCGGUCGCUCCAAGGUUUGGGAAAAUUCUAGCCCUAAGUCAUCAGCAUACGCUGCUUCCGUACGCGAUCUGCCUCGUUGCGGCGCUGUCCGUCCAGGAAGUGCUGGAAGAGGUGUCCCUAGCUGAGGCGGAUGAUAACACGGAAAGUGGCAAACGUUGGCGGCAGAAGCGGAAAGUGUGGGCGGGCACGGGUGAAUCAUUACUGCUAGGUGAUCCGAUGAUUCUACUGAAAGCGGUCGGUGCGGCAGAACACGCAAACAGCAAGGGCAUGCUGGAGGAGUUCUGCGAGGAGAAUGGAAUACGUCUGAAAGCAAUUCGAGAAAUACGUAAGUUGCGGAUACAGCUCACGAACGAGGUGAACGCCAACCUGCUCGAUAUGAAUCUGAUGGUCGAUCCGGAUAUGCCACCACCGACGGCAACGCAAAUACGACUAUUAAGACAAUUGCUUCUCAUUGGUAUGGCGGAUCAGAUCGCACGCAAGCUGCCGGAUAGUGAGAUUAAACUAAAGGCCGAUGCACGCAGGCUAAAAUACGCAUACAACCUACCCAUGAUCGAUGAGCCCGUGUUUCUACAUGCGAGUUCCGUUCUGCGACGGGAUCAUCCGGACUGGGUUUGCUACCAGGAAGCGUACGAAGCGAUAGUACCGACGGGGGAAGCGACCGGGGAGGAGGGCAACAAAACGAAGAUGUUUCUGCGGGGCAUUACGGCCAUCGAACCGGACUGGUUGCCCAAGUUUGUGCCUAACGUGUGCAACGUUAUCGAUGUGAUGGAGGAACCGAUCGCGCCAUCGUACAAUGCGCAAAGCGAUACGAUCGAAUGUCACGUAAGGGCGACGAUCGGCAAAACGAGCUGGGAGUUACCGAACGCGCUGGUGGAGAUGCCCAGAAAUAUGCUACGCUGCAAAUAUCUUCUAAAAUUCAUUCUAGCCGGUGUUAUCUUCAAACACUUGAAACAAUUUCGGAAAUCGUUACUUUCGUCCCCGGAAUCGGUGCUGAAGCAAUAUUCGUCGGCUGUCCCACGAAUCGAUGCAGCGCUGAAGUUGAUGGUGGCUAAUGAAUUAUUUAACGCGCAGCGUUUCCACGAGUUGUGGAAAUCGGAUCCAAAGUUUUUCCUCAAUGAAUAUUGUGACUUUCUGCCAGUAUCAUGUCACGAAGAUGUUGGAAAAUUAUGGCCACCGUCGGAGAAGAACCAGCUUUGGUAG